AUGUCGAUUUCUGCCAAAAUCCCACACUCUCUCCUUUUUCAUCGCUUCAGCAAUCGAUUCUUGAAACCCAUAAAAAUCCCAUCGUCACCCUCACCACCAAUAAAAUUCUUCUUCUCCAAGUCAAUUACAUUUCAGAGAAUACCUACAAAAGAAUCCCUUUUUUCGACCGCAUCUUCAUCUUCCCCUUCAGUUUCUGUCCAGCCCAUUGAGGAGUUGCCUCCAAAGCUUCAAGAUAUCAUUAAACUGUUUCAGGCAGUUCAAGAACCAAAGGCCAAGUAUGAACAGUUAUUGUUCUAUGGAAGAAAUUUGAAUCCUUUGGAAUCUCAAUAUAAAACAAGUGAAAAUAAAGUGCAGGGUUGUGUUUCACAGGUUUGGGUCAGAGCAUAUCUUGACAAUGAUAAAAAUGUGACCUUUGAGGCGGAUUCUGAUUCAGUGCUCACUAAAGGGCUGGCUGCUUUGCUAGUCCAGGGCCUUUCUGGCCGGCCUGUGGAGGAGAUUCUGAGAGUUUCACCUGAUUUUGUGGUGCUUCUUGGGUUGCAGCAGAGUUUGACUCCAUCUAGGAAUAAUGGGUUCUUGAAUAUGUUGAAGUUGAUGCAGAAGAAGGCUCUGCAAUUGUUUAUCGAAAGUGAAAAGGCUGGUGAUUCAAGAAAUGAAGUCGCAGAAAAAAACCCAGCUGAGAAUUCUGAUUUGGGGUUGAAGAAUGAUGGUGGGAAUGGUAAAUCAAAUGUUAAAAAAAGUCCCAAUGCUUUGGAGUCUGGUGUGGGUAAUGGUAGUGUAUUAGGGAAUAGAGGGACGAGGAUAAAGGAGAUAUUGGAAAAAGAGCUGAGACCUAUUGAAUUAAAAAUUGAGGAUAUAUCUUACCUGCAUGCGGGUCAUGCUGGGGUUAAGGGAAGCAAUGGGGAGACGCAUUUUAAUGUGAAAGUGGUUUCUGAAGAAUUUGAAAGCAAGAGCUUGGUUAAGAGGCAUAGAUUAAUUUACAGCUUGUUGCAAGACGAAUUGCAGAAUGGACUACAUGCAUUGUCCAUUGUGGCAAAGACACCAUCUGAAAUUGAAUCUCAGUGA